AUGGCCCCGAAGAGAGAAAAGAGGCCACCUCUUGCGGAUGACAUUGGCAUCAAGUAUACUAUGCUUGACCCUACGUUCGACAAGGGCCAUCGUGCCCGUUUUAUUGAGAACGGAGUGAUGCUCCCGCCACUGCAGAUGAGGGGUCACGGGACGACCGCGAAGAUGGAGUACGACGAGCGGUAUGCGUCGUUCUACAGGAGAGCCCGACUGCUGGGUUUCGUCCUGCAGUUCAAGCGCAAGCCGCCGACGCUCGUUCACUCAGCUCUCACGGCUUUGAUCGAUUGGUGGCAGCCAGAGACGCACAACUUCCAUCUUCCAUGUGGGGAGAUGACGCUUACACUUGAGGAUUGGGGGAUGAUUACGGGCCUACCGCUCGAGGGUCAUGGUCUGACAAGACGAGUGGAGAGGAAGAACUGGCAUGAGAGGGUUGUCGCCCUCAUCGGCGAAUGCCCCCCAGAUAAGAAGAACCGGACUUCCGGCGUCCCGCUGCCCUGGCUCCUGAAGUACCGGAGCAAGUGCCCGGAAGGGUCCGAACCCCGGGUGGUGGAGCAGUACGCCAGGGCCUACCUGUGGUAUCUUCUCACGGAGGUAGUGUUUCCAGACUGCUCUGGGGACACUGCCCUCUGGAUGUAUCUCGACUUCCUGGCGGACUGGGAUGCGGGGUACAGCUGGGGGGCCGCCGGCUUCGCCUACCUAUACCGUUCGCUUGACGAUGCAUUCCGGAGGACGGAAGCUACGUCCGGUAUGUGUGGAUGUGUGUGGGGCCUCUCCAUUUGGAUGUGGGAGCGUAUCCCGGUGGGUCGUCCGGAGAAGCUUAGAGCGCGUGCAUGGACUGACUAUGGCGAAGAUGGCGACGAUGCUCGAUACCCGACCACCGCAUACGCUUGGGACGUGGUGGGUACAAUCUCGGGUGAAUCCAAGGCCUUGUAUAAGAUCUUCAUCAGCGAGCUUGAUGCUCUGACGCCUCUCCAGGUUAACUGGCGGCCGUAUACUGACGACCGAGAGUGGGGGUUCGAGCUGAACGUGAUGUGCAAGCAGGACCGGCUUCUCUGGCGGUGCAUCGUGCCCAUGAUUUGUGUCUAUGCCGUUGAGUACCACUUGCCACAGCGCAUUGCCGCGCAAUUUGGUAAGGCGCAACGUACACCACCAGCCGGCAUCAUCAAAGAUACCGGUGGCUACGACCCGCACUUGCCGAGCAGGAGGAAGAAUUAG